AUUCCUCUGGUCCAGUUAGUUGCAUGUUACUAUGCUGCUUGCUAAAUCUGUCACUGCCCUCCUUUCCGUUGCCUUCCUCGCCAACGGGAACCUGCGCAAUAAAAAAAAAACGCCAAAACCUGCACGUUUUGUCGACAACUUGUCGCACUUUCGAUUGGCUUGAAUUCGGUGGCUCGACCCAGCCCGAACCAGGGCUUACAUCAUCCAAGUUUGUCUGUAUUUCUUGCCUAAUAAUCUACCUGCGACGUGCGUAAAAGCGGGUCUUGCGACUGUCACGGGUUUGGAAACACUGAAAAGCAGGGGGAUGUCUCUCCCAGAUUGCGCGCUCGGAGCGUUUGGCGACCCUUGUGCCAAAUUUUUACGCGGGCACAUUGAGGCUCGGUUUCAGGAUGGGGAUACUUCAGAAACAGCUGGGACGUGACCACACACCCUGUAUCCUUUGCGAUGCUUCGGUUUGAUCCGUAAUUUGUCGCCCACACCCCCUUCGAGGAGGGUGUGAUGAUGAUGGAGCAGCUGGAAGAGGAGCUUACGUGCCCGGUGUGCUGCAGUCUCUUCGAGGAUCCCCGGGUCCUCCUCUGCUCUCACAGUUUCUGCAAGAAAUGUUUGGAGGGACUUCUGGAGGGGAGCAGAGGUCCGGCGUUCCGGGCUCCUCUCAAAUGCCCCACAUGCCGCAAAGAGACGCCGCACAACGGCGCAAACAGCCUGCAGAUCAACUACUCCCUCCGCGGGAUAGUGGAGAAGUUCAGCAAGAUAAAAGUCAUGCCCAAAAUGUCCGUUUGCAAGCAGCACUGCGAGCAGCCGCUCAACAUUUUCUGCGCCACCGAUUUGAAACUAAUUUGCGGAUUUUGCGCCACGACGGAUGAGCACACCGGGCACGCGUUUUCCUCCCUGGAGGAGGCGUACGGGAGGGAGAAGGAGGCUUUUGAGCAUCUGCUGCACGGGGUGGAGAGAUGGAGGAGCAAGGAGACGCAAUCCUGCCUGGAGACGCUGCAGGGCAGCAAGAAAAAGGCGCUGCAGUCGGUGGGCAAGGACGCGCAAAAGGUGGAGGAGUAUUUCGACAAACUCAUCGGUUCUCUCGAGUGCAAAAAGAGUGAGAUUCUCUCCGACUUCGAGACGCUGAAGCUGGUGGUGAUGCAGGCGUAUGAUCCGGAGAUUGCGCGGCUCAGCGCGGCGUUGGAGGAGCAGAGAUGCGCCCUGGCCAUGGCCAGGUCGUUCCGGAGCGGCUCUGGAACUCCUGCAUCUGCUGGAGGAAGCGCAGCGGACCCGCUGCGCUUCCUCCAGCAGAUGCAGGAGUUCAGGGAGAAGCUCAGGUUCCUGCAGGAGACUCCUCUCCCUUCCAGGAAGGACAUGGACGCCGGAUCCCUGGUGCGUAAUUUCGACGUGAGGAAGUGGGACUCGCUGCGCCUCCGGGACGUGGACAGGAUCGCGGUCCCACACGAGGGGGGGUCCUACAGAACCCACGCAGGUCCGAGGACCGCAUGUUUCCGGAGAGUGACUCUUUACCUACUGCUGCUUCUUCUUCCAGGACUCAUUUUCCUCCUGCCCCCCUGCAGCCUGGACGCGCAUCUUUCCAUCUCCGCCGUGGAGCCUUAUCUCUCCGGCCUCCUCUCCCACAUGGAAACGCACCUGCGGGAAAUCACCUCCCUGUGCAACAGUUUGAUGGAUGCAGGUCAGGAAUGUGUCACCAAGUUAUAUGACUCGGCUGUCCACUUUAUUACCAGUCCUGGGGUGUCUUAACUAACUUAACUCCGGCACCUCAAAAAGCUGCAACAUGAUCAGACUGAGACCCCGAGAUGAAGUGGAUGUAUGAAAAUGAAAACACUGUUCUCCUCUCUUCUCAAGCUGAAGCCUUUAUAAUCAAACCCAAUAAUCAACACUGAACCCUCACAUUGUAGCCUAUAGAUUUAUAAUGUAACUGCAACUAUCUUAAACUGAAUGUCAAGUGUAACUACUUUAUAAUUUUUACUAUAACGUGACCUUUUGAUUGUCAAAGAUGAUAUUGGCAAAUAAAAAUGAGAAAUUUGA